AUGGACGGACAAUUUUCCGUUCUUUUCCUUGUGUGUUUCUUGAUAAGCGGAAUAGAUGCGAAUAGGAAAUUUAUUGACUUCAAACCAGGAUAUGAAUAUGUGUACAGUUUUAAUGGAUAUUCGCAUGUCAAAGAACUCGGAAAGUUCCUUGUCAAUGCAAAGGUCGGUUACAUCAAUGUCGGACAAACAAAUGCUGGCCAAGAGCUUGCUCUGAAAGUACACGCCUUCCACUUCUCAUCUGCCAAAGAUCCAAAUAUCCAUGGAGCAGACUUGGAUUUUUCAAAAUGGUUCUCCUUCAUCAUCUCUGGAAGUGGGGAGAUAACUCAGGUGUACCAUGCAGCUAAUGAAGAUCCUGAAGUUAUUUCUACAAAGAAAGGCUUUGCUGCUUUGUUUGCAUCCAGACUGCAUGACAGAAAUGAGGUGCCAGGGAUUGUUCAGAAAGAUUUCUUUACGUAUAGUGUCACAGAAAAAGGCCAAGAAGGUGAGCAUAAUGCUACAUACAACGUAUCAAAGUCAGACACAGGUCUGAAGUUCAAGAAGAUCAGACAUGGUCAUCCCGUUAAGAAUGCCAGGGCUAACUAUGAGAAGGUGCUCUAUUAUCAUGACUCACUUAAAACUAUACAUAAGGUGGACAUCAUUGAAGAUUUUAAGUCACCCAAAUCACCACCAGGGUUUGAUCCAUACACUGGGAUGAGGAACAUUCCAUCAAUGAGUAAACUUGGAACUAUAGCCACCCCUGAGAUGAGCUAUACAAGUCAGGGUGGACUAAUAUUCAUAGACAGAGAACUUGUGAAAGAGAAGUGGAAAAGACCACCAAGACAGUUGGUCACUGCUGGACUGGAAACCCAGCAGAGGGAAGAAAGGCCGGGAACCUAUAAAAAUAUCUCAAAAGCAAAAGAAGAAAUAUAUGGAAAUGUAACCUGUUUGCAACAUCAAACAGAAGCCACUAUCUUUGGAGGGUGCUUUCAAAAUAUUGUCAAGAUUCUGAAACAGCUAUCAGAGGAUGGUCUUAGCCACUUAGCAGAUCAGCACUUCUUUUCCUAUAAUAAGCAAAAUGCUGUGGAAAAAGAGGUGUCAGGAUAUAUCCUUGAUGCAUUUGGAGUCUUAGGAACAAAAUGGACACAAAAACAGUUUGCUUUAAAAAUACUGAAAAACCCAGAACCAAAUUCAGACCUAAUAAAGAGGAUGCUAACCCACAUUAUAGCAGAUGAUGCAGCACCCAAUGAGGUGUUACUGAAGACACUAGAAGAAGUGGUAUUCAGAAGAAAUAAAUACCCCGAGACCCUGUACAGUGGAGAUGUACACAGCCGUCUGAUGUUGACACUAGGUGCAGUAUGUCAGAGGCUGAGACGAGAAGGACAGGAAGACAGGGCACAUAGCAUCAUUGACAGAAUUCAUGAUCAACUUGGGAUGCAUGAUCCCUGGGAAUACCGCAAGAAGAGAUCCCUGAUGUCUGAGGCUGUACGAUCGAUUUAUGAUCAACAUAAAGUAAUUCUUCUAGAGACUCUGGGAAAUGCUGGAUUGGAUCAUUCCUACCAUUACAUCGUGUCCCACAUCAACAGCUCAAACUCCCCGUGGGUCAAAAGAGCAGCUUGUCAUGCUCUAAGAAAAUAUGAUCACAAACAGGCUUCAGAAGUCUUGCUGCAUUCUGCAUUGCAUGAUGAAAACCAGGAAGUUCAAUAUGAAGCAUCUCUGUUGUACAUGGCUCAUCCUCAUGGCAAGAUGAUUGCUCCAAUAAAUGGAAGAGAUGACAGUGACCCGUAUAAUGUAGGUAUAGAGCUGCUGGAUUUUUCUGAUAAUCACAUCAGGACCAAACGCUCCUCCCCUAACAAAAGAUUCAAAAUACAUGCCACCAAUGUGGACUGGAGGAAAAUGAUAGGUUCCCCUGAUGUAGGAGCCUCUUUUGGAGUUGUACUGAAGAACACAUUGGAUUUGAAAAUUGCCCCUCUCACAAGUGAGAUGUCUUUAGAAGUGCAUGAUGAAUCAUAUGCCAGAAUUCACUUGGGAAAUAUUGGAGUGAACAUGGAUUUCUUUGUAGCCAGGAUCUGUUUCAAAGGAGGGUCCACAUACAACAUCAACAUUUUGAAGGGUAAUGAGAUGAGAAAUAUUGAACAAUAUGCCAAGUCCUAUGAUAGAGAUGUGGCUGUUGUAGCUAACUCGCUGACAGCAGGAAUUAACCUGUUCUUAGAUGUAAUCACUGGGAACUACAGUAUGAAGGCUACCGUCAGUCAUCUCAUGGAUGCACUGGAAAAUCUCUCAGACAAGGUAUCCACAUUGAUAAACAGCACAACAGGGGCUAUGGACAAAGUUGGACAAUAUGACCCAAAUGACCUUCCCCCAGGCUUUAUACCUGCUCACCACUUCAUUGACAGAAUCACAAGAGUUUUAAAUGAUAUAAGUUCUCAUAUCAUUGGCUUCAGAAAUGAAGUGGAGGAGACUGUUCAGUUGAUGCUCCCUCAGCAGACCAAGUUUCUGUAUGAUGCUUUAUUGGAUGUCCUGGGUGGUCUGACCCAAAUACCCAGGGAUCCAAAAACAGCUAUAAUGUCAAUAGGAAACGGAGUUGUAUCGAUUGGGAAAGCUGUUGAAAAACUGGUGGCUGCAGUUGAUUAUCUUCAAGAAUCCUGUUUGUUUAAGAGAGAGGAAAAGCCUUAUUGGUUUGACCUGAGUAAUCUCCUAUCUGAGUUUCGUGACUUGGCUGUUUUUGCUAAUUCCUCUAUGACCCUGGCUGGAUCUGCCUGGUUAAAUGAGACAACAGGGGAAGACCAAAUAAAAAUGUUUAGCCAAGCCAGGCAUAGCACUGUUUCCAUGAAACAAGAGGUUCUGGAUAACUUAAUGUCAGUGAUCAAAGAUUUGCUAGAUACACUAGAAAUCUUGGAUGGGGUAGGAGAUAGAUUUCUAUACAGAUACUUCAGGGUAUUCAGCAUGGUGAAGCUGGCCAAAAAGGCCAACAAUGUCCUCAACACAGGUUAUGAGACAGCAAGAGCAAAAGUGGAGUCUAUAUUUGGAGCAAGAACACACCGAGAUUUCCCAGGACAGAUAAGACUGAGUGGACAAGGUUGUACUGGGAAUGGACUUUAUCCAUCUACACUGGACAAAAUGGGGGUAGAGGAGUAUAACCACAUAGGACUUGAUUUGUCUAUUUCAAAUGGAGAAUAUGUGGUGGCCCCGUUUCCUGGCACAGUGUCUCUUGAAUCUGUGGGUGGUAAUACAGUGGUUCUGGUUCCAUCAGAAGGCUCCCUGAAGGACAUUGUUAUUUACAUGUCAAAUAUAGAGCCCAACAGUACUAUAUCUGUGGAUGACAGCAGAGCUGUUAUUGGUGGCCAAGUACUAGGAACAGUCAACAGUACUCAUUGUGAGGACCACAUUCACUUGUCCUUUAAGAAAGUGGGAGCAUCAUAUGUUGAUCCAACUCGCUUCCUAGAGAAGGCCUAUCCCACUCUGCCUUCCUGGGUACAGCAGUGUGAUGAUUACAAACUGGUGUUCAAGACUAACACAGUGGCUGCUGGAGUGAUAGUGGGGACCAGUGGUCAGUCUGUCAAGGACAAUGACCCUGUUAUGGAGAAUGUGGCCAAUCUAACCUUUCCAUCUGCUCCCCCCACAUCUUAUGAUCCGGAUGACACACAGUCUAUCAAAGGAGAUGGUCAGAGUUUUUACUCGGUGGUUAAGAGUAAAGUUGGGGUUGUUGGGAAUGAUGUGGAUUCAGGGGAGGACACAUGUUCCACAUCUCCUUCAAACAGUAAAUCAGGAAUGUUUUCCACACUGCUUUUGAAGGCUGACACUUUUCUACAAAAGUACAACUUGAGAAGACUGAAGUUUGGAACCAUAAUAGAGUUCCUGGAUAAGUUCAACAUGACUACCAGUAAAGAAGCAUUGAGAGGAGUUGUAACAAGCAUUAAGGAUAUGAUAAACAACAAACCCUGUCGCAAUCCUAGUGAGAUGACAGAGGACCAGCUAUUUAUGGAACUUGUACAACAAGGAAAAAAUACCUCUGGCUCCAGAGAGGACAUGGUCACUCGCCUGAUGACCCAGUAUCUAGAUUGUCCAUUGCUGGCUUUCACUAUGCCAAGAGAUGUGUACUGUACAUAUGACAGAAACUGCUUAGGAGUGGAGUGCUGCGUCAGUCUGGAGUUAUCUUUCUUGACUAGGACAUACAAGGUCUGGGUAAACAUGGACCACUGUUCUUCUCCAGUCAAACUCUACAUGGGUGUAGGAAUGAAUUCAUACCAGUUUGACCUGUCUAGUACGGACUUUGAUGGUGUAGAAGGGGAUAUCAUUGUGAAUGACACAUUAGAUGCAUUCCUUGGAGGAGUAUCAGUAAAGCUGAGGUAUAGUGUGUUCAAGGGAGAUAAUGCCACCUUGGUCACAUUAGCAGCUGGGAUGUGUAGUAGGAGUAAUCCUGAUUAUUGCCCUAGCUAUGUGACACUUUUGGACAGAGCCAUCUUCAGAAAUCCUGACUGUCUUCCAGAUGGAUCAUUUAUUUGGCCUGAUGUGGAUUACCAGAAUUUGUUAAAGAGAGAGGCAUCAUGGAGAAACAUUAAGCAGUCUGGUAAAACAUUAGCCAAAAAAGCCAUAACAGAUACUGAUGCUGAGUACCUACAAGAAUUGGGAUUGACAAAAAACAUGAUUUAUGAAACAGGCCCAUGUCCUAGACCUCGCAUUAUGACAGAUGGUCAGCUCAGAUCAGCUUUGGAAGCCAGGAAUUUGUCACCAAAUGGAACUAGAAAUGAAUUAAUUUCCAGGCUUACCCAGGAUAAUUAUGCAUGUUCUAAUGCAACGCUUCCCACAAUCAGGAACUCGACCAUUGACGGCAUUAUUCACUAUUCCAUUGACCCUGAUUGCUUAAGAAUUGAAACUUGUGCAGACAUUGCUCUAAAUCUCAGUAGCAAAAUAUACUCCAAAUCUUUCAAGACUACAUUUGAUGUGGAACCAUGUAGCUUUUUGCUGAAAGUCGAAUUUGAAAGAAGAAUUUUGACUAGAAUUUUGCUGUCUUACAGCUGGGGCUCUGAAAAGAUCAUUCAAAUUUCCCCAAACGUGAAGAUCAAGUAUACACUAGAUCGUGAUGUUGUAAGAGGGGUGUAUAUCCUGGAUUUGGGGCUGAUUGUUUGUCCAGUCUCGUCUGGAUGUAUUAUAAAUGGAUUUUUCCUGGAGGAUUUUGAAAUGCCAGUGCCAUCUUGUGGAGACUUUGUUCUCCCAGGAGAUGGAACAAUAAAUGGCUUGCUCAAUUCCAUUGGAGGCAAAAUGACAACUGAAGCCUUUGAACUUGUACUGAAGAAAUUUAACAUACAACAUGUGAUAAAAAGUGAGACGUGCACCUUACCAACAGCACCAGCAGGAUGCACCAAUACACUUGAUGUGGACAGUAAUCUGCCUGCCACUGUCCAAGACAUGGUGACCUGCCAGCUGCCCCGGGGAUGCUAUGGUGUCCAGUGCUGUCUGGACCUGGUCUUCAAACUUCCUUUGGGAGACAUUGUUACAGCUAAAAACUUCUCCUUUUGGUUCAUAGUGGAUCCCUGUGACUUCAGUAUAGACAUCGGAUUAGGGGGUCUCACUCUGCUGAAGUCAACAUUUCUGGAGUAUGAAUUUGGAACAACAAAGACAAUAAGCUUAGGAACAGGGAGUCCAGCACCUGUACAAGUAAUAUACUCAAUAGCACAGAAGGGUGUUAACCAGGGAUAUACUGUGGAUGUUAAAUUGAAAAUUUGUCUGAAUUUGGAUGGUCAAGUUUUCUGUAUUCCAACCAGUGAACUUCAUUUCAUGAAACAAGUGGAUAUUCCUGUCUGUCAGUCCAGAUCUCUAGUCAACUUCAACACAUUUACCUUGCAAAAUUGGGCACAAAGUGUCAAUGUGAGCCUUAUAGAGCAGCUUGACUCAGGGGCACUUGCCAUGUUGUUAGAACAGCUAAAUCUGACCCAGUUCUUCAGCAGCCAGAAGUGUGACAGGACAAGAAGUCCCUACAGUCCAUCUCUAAUGGGAUACCACAAUGUGUGCCCCCGAACCAUUAAUUCCCUGCCCGCCAAGGUGCCUGACCCUAUGACAUGCUACAUCCCAGACUACUGUACGGGUAUUGACUGCUGUGCUGAUCUCCCAACACUCGGACUUGGGCUUCGGUCCUUCGUCUUCCUGGAUUUAGAAAAGUUGGAGAUCCGGUAUGGCAUGGAAAAUGUGCAAAGAACUGUGAAAAUAGCAGAUUACACUUGGGGACAAGAAAAGACGAUCUCUGCAGCUGGUGACCUCAUUAAAUUAAGAUUCAGCAUUUCAAAAAUAUCUGACACAGACUACAUCUUCAAUGCCAAUGUGUAUGCAUGUUUAGAAGGGUCAGGGCAGUGUGCCAUAGACAUUCCUGUCUUCCAGAAUACACGUCUACAAUCUUCAACAACUGGAAUAUCCACCCAAAAUUUCUCUUUGACUACUUGGAUGGCUGAGAUGGGUAUUCCCUCUAAAGCUCAGAUUACAGAUAUAGAGAAAGGUUUUCUGAUACAACAACUGGGUAUUGAUGCCUACAGACUGACAACUCCCUGUGACCCCACACAGAGCCCCUACACUUCAACAACCAAUGGCUGGAACAACAUGUGUGGUGUAGCCUUUGUUGUGCCUACUGCUAUCUCCAGUGCUGCUGUGAAAUGUACGCUGUCAGCUGAUUGUAGUCGAGUGGAUUGCUGUGUGGAGUAUGCCUACUUCAACAUCAAACUGCAUUUUUUCCUAAACCUAGACCAGUGUAACUAUGUCAUUAUGGGUGGAAUUGAGAAGAAAAACUUCACCAAAAAUAUUCUCAGCUUUCCUUGGGGAUCAGAUAAUGUUGAAAGCAUCAGCAACAUAAUUAAAAUGAGAUACACUAUAGACAGACUUACCCUCUCAGACAAGUAUGUAUUGGACAUGUCAGUGGCUGUGUGUCUGGAGCCUGACUCCUGUGAUAUGAAUGUCGCUGUCCUGAGAAAUGUCAUGAUUCCUAUCCUGCAAUGUAACCUCACCAUGCCAGCUAAAUUAACAGGAUUUUCUUUGACUAACUGGAUGGCUUCUCGAGGACUGGAAGGAAGUUUGUCAAAGGCUAUGUCUGAUCAGCUGCUAAAUACGCUGGGUAUCGGACUCUUCAUGAAAGAAAAGUCAUGUGACAGAGCAGAGACACCUUACAGCAGUAACAAACUAACCACUGAAGGAUGGUCCGCUGUGUGUCCUGCAACAAUUGCCGUUCUGGAGAUCAGAGAUACGGUCAGUUGUUUUGUAAACAGCUCUUGUACAUCCAUCAUUUGUUGUGUGGAGGUAGAGAAGUUGGAGCAGGCAUUUGAAGUUGUCCUUGACCUAGAUUUCUGCAAUCAAAAGGUCACAUUUGGAGUUGAAAGGUUAACAAGGACUGAGGCACUGAAAGAUUUCGAAUUUGGAGUGAAAAAAGAGAUGGUGAUCAUGGGAGUGUUCAAAUUCUGGUACAGUGUGUGGAAUCUGAUUGGGGAGAAUGCCUAUGCUGUAUCUGUAGACCUGGCUGUAUGUCUAGAGGAGGGAGGAGAAUGUGUGGUGGACGUCAAUGUGGUGGAUAGGGUCAAAUUUCCCAAGACAAACUGCAACUGGCCCACUAGCUUUAUCCAAACAAAUUUUUCUUUGACUGCUUUCAUGGCUGAGAACUCAGUGGCUAACCCAUCUCAAAUAACUGGACUUGUGUUGGAGAGACUGAAGGAAACACUUGGGCUUCCUAACCAUAUGGAUACAACCCAGUGUUCACUGACAGACUCUAGAUACAUCCCAAACUCUAAUGGAAUUAAAAAUGAUUGCACACAGACUAUUACUCAACCAACAGAGGAUGCCAUUCCAUCUCAGGCUACGGUUCUUUCCAGUAACAUGGUGUGUCAAAUCAAGAACUCGUGCACUGGGAUAGACUGUUGUGUGGAAUCUACACCCCUCUCCCAUAAUUUCCACAUCUACCUGGACAUUGAUCCUUGUAACUUUAAAAUCAGCUUUGGAAUAGAUAAACUCCAAUUCACAUUCAACUUGAAAGAUUUUACAUUUGGAGUAGAGAGGGAUGUUCGCUUGUUUAAUGUUGUUAGAAUGAGGUUCACCAUUUGGGAUCUUACAUCAGAAAAUCAGUACUUGGUAAACCUGAACCUAAGUCUGUGCUAUGAGACUGCUGGAGCCUGUAUGACAGAUGCUCAAAUAUUUAACAGGAGAAGACUAUCCAAAGGUGUCUGUAACUACAGCGCUCCACCAAGCAUUCCAAAUUUUUCCUUGAACCAGUGGAAACUGUCAAGGGGAAUAACUUCUGCUUCACUGUCUCAGUUUGAUUCAGAUUUGCUGAUGGAAUACUUGGGAGUUCUUGGUUAUCUUAAUCCCUCCCAAUGUAGCACAGUUUCUUCCUUAUCCUUGGCAGGUUGGGUUGAUGAUUGUCCAAGGUCAUCUUUAUACAUGAAGACUGACCUAUCCUCACAGCCCAUCCUCUGUAGAAUAUCCUCCAAGUGUACCAAGGUUAGGUGCUGUGUCGGUGUAGGUCCAGUGGCCAGGAAUUUUGAAGCUUACAUUGACAUUGAUCCUUGUAAUCACAAAAUGACUGUUGGGAUAGAGAAUUACAAGACUACUAUUAAUCUACUGAACUACACAUAUGGAACAACAGAGAGUGUUCAGAUGGAAAGUUUGAUAGCACUAAGCUACCAAGUGGAGAGAUUUGAAGGAGCAGAGCGAUUCUUUGUAAACCUGAACCUCAGUGUAUGUAUGGAGGCUAGUGGUGCAUGUUACAUGGACACUGUCAUCCUACAAGAUGCAUAUCUACCCUCAGCAUCAUGUGACUGGUCCAAACCUCAGACAAGUUUCUCGCUGAGCAACUGGUAUGGUAAUCUGUCCCUGACUGCAGGCACCACCCUGUAUCCCACACAGUUAUCCCUUCUGAAGGAGUCCCUGGGGGUCACAGAUUACCUGAACUCUGCCCCAAAUAGGUGUGACAGGUCAUCAGCAACCUACAAACCUGAAACCCCAGGUCUGUCAGGAUGGAAAAUAGACGGUGGAUGUAAUCUGAAUUUGCUGGUGAUGAGCUCCCUGCUAGCUGACAGAAUGAACUGUUACCUGAAGUCUAAGUGUACAGCCGUGGAGUGCUGUCUGGAUGUGGAGGAUCCACUUCAACAGAACAUCCGGUUCUCCCUGGAUUUAGAUCUCUGUCAGCAGAUCCUGGAAAUCAGUGUAGAAAAACUGGAAGAAAAGAAAGCCUUGUUUUCAUACUCAUAUGGCAUAAUGGAUUAUUUCAGAAUGUCUGACUUGAUUCAAAUUGAGUUUAAGAUAGACUUGGUAAGUUCCAGUACUGUGUCUUUCUAUCUGAAGCUGAAACUGUGUUUCGAGACCAAUGCCUGUACAAGGGAGAUAAUUGUGUUUAACAAUAAACAUGUACCUGCUCCUUCAUGUCAAAGAAAUCUUCCUUACAAAGACCCAGCAUUUUCUCUCACACAAUGGUAUAACUCCAAUGGACUGACUCCAGGCUCCAAUCUGACAACACUGGAAGCUAGGAAACUCCUGGAAACUCUAGGAGUGGGUCACUUCAUGCAGGAUGUGGGCUGUCAGAGGUCAGGGGCUAUGUAUAACCCCUCACAGAAUGGGUGGAAAUCAGAGUGCCAGUUGGUAGUUGAUACACCCCCCAUGACAGAGCCUGUAAACUGUGUGAUUAAGGAUUCUUGCUCUGCUGUCAGCUGUUGUGCUGAGGUGGGAUUUCUCCAACAGUCAUUUGAGGUUACCAUGUCACUUGAUCCCUGUACUGAGACCAUACAAGUAGGAAUCGAGAAGUUCAGCUUUAAUGUCAGUCUGGCCACCAUUACCAUGGGUACAACAAAUGAACUGUAUCUGAAUGGAAUUGUACGGGUCAUGUACAUGGUUACAGACCUGCCAGUGCCCAGGCUAUAUAAUGUGUCCUUGACUGUGAAAGUUUGCUUUGAGGCCUCGGAUGACAACCUCUGUCUAUAUUCAGCAGACAUUUUCUCCUACACCCUGCUUCCUAUGCGCAUUUGUGACUGGGAGGCUGGCUUCUCACAGCCAGGUUUCAGGAUUGCUAAGUGGUAUUCAGACAACUUCAUCUCACCUCCAAACUAUGAGUUGACCCCAGAGAAGUGGAACAAGUUGCUGGAUGAUUUGGGAAUCAGAUCCUACAUAAAGACAAGUCCUUGCUCCUUUGACAUGAAUACCUACAAACCAACCAACCCGUAUGGAUGGAAUAAUGAAUGCCCAAAGGACCUGUCCUCUACUGUCUUCCCCACCCUUCCUUCACAUGCACGGUGUCAGAUUCCCUCCUACUGUACAGGAUUUAGCUGCUGUAUAUUAGACCAACACAUUCUACACCACCACUUCACUGUGGGCAUCAGACUAGAUGACUGUAAUCAUCUGGUCACUAUCCAACUAGAGAAACUCUUCAUUGAAAUCCCUCUCACCAAUUACACAUUUGGAGUUAAUGAGAAGAGAUGGAUUAUGAGUGUCUUGAGAUUUGAAUUUACCAUAGAAGACUUGACAACAGAAAAAAGCUACCAAAUAACUGCAAAUGUUCGCAUUUGCUAUGAGCAGACCUAUUGUGCUGUAGACACCAUCACCCUCUUGACAAACUUUAAGGUGCCAAAAACAACUUGUGAAUGGGGAACGGGAUUCUUUACAGACUUUUCAUUGAAGUCCUGGUUGAGAGGUAAAGGAUUGUCUUCUGGAGUAGACCUCACCCAGUCCGAUGCCCGACAGCUGGAGACAGUGACAGGACUCUCUUAUUAUCUAGAGAAUGCCACCCAGUGUAGCAGGUCCAGCAGUGAUUACAGGUCCGGUCAGGAGAAUGGCUGGAACAAUGAGUGUAGAGAAGCCUCCACUCCAGCCCCUCUAUCCCCGUCCGUCUCCUGUAGAAUCUUGUCAGAGUGUUCCAGCAUUGACUGUUGUGUGGAUGUCAGCUUCCUGGCUAACCAUUCUGUCAACAUCCAGCUCCUAAUGGAUCCCUGUUCCUCUGUACUCAGUUUGAACAUUGAGAAGUACCAACACAAUAUGACUCUGUACAACUACCAGUUUGGCAAGCUGGAUAACUUUACACUGCAAGGAAUCAUAAGAAUUGACUUUUUAAUUGAGAAUUUCCCAUUGUCAAGAACUUAUGUUGUGAGCUUGAACUUGAGUCUUUGUCUGGAAUCCUCUGAGCCUAGUAACUGUGUGUACUCGAAGGUUAUUCUGAAAAAUGCAGUGCUUCCCAAACAGACCUGUGAUUAUGCUUUGGAGUAUGAAAAUCCUGGGUUCAGUCUGGGAACCUGGCUAACCAGCAAAGGUUAUACCAUACCUCUAAAUGGUGAUCAGACUAACUCUCUGAUGAGACAGCUAGGGAUGGAGGAGUUUGUCAGUCUAACUUGUGACAGAAACAGUUCCUUCUAUCAGCCAGAUACUACCCCUGGAUGGAAUGUGGAACCAGGCUGCCUGGCUGUUCCAGUAGAACUGUGGGAGAAUGACACAAACUGUUACAUAGACAGUAACUGUACCACAGUCAGCUGCUGUUUAGAUGAUGAUGUGACUGGCAGGUCUUACCAGAUGUCAGUUCAGAUCUUGACCUGUGACCAGAAGCUGCUGGUCACACUAGAGAGGAGGACCUUCACCCUACCUUUACUGGACUAUGCUGAUGGAACCACUCAUAUCAUCAGGCUCUUUGGGGUCCUUAUAUUGGAAUUCAAUAUAGAUGACCUGAUAUCACUGAACCAGUAUGCCAUAUAUAUGAGGCUGAAACUUUGCUAUGUUCAGGGAAUGGCCUGUCAGAAAGACAUCAGACUCCUAGAAAAUGCCAGGUUUUCCAAAGUGAACUGCACCCAAGAUCAGUUUGCCAUAAAUGGUUUUUCAUUGACUCGGUGGUUAAAUGACAGCCAGAUUUCAGCUGAAGGUGCUUUAGAGGAGUGGGUUGUGGAGCACCUCAAAAUGGACCUCAAGCUGUCAGCUCUACUGAUGAACCCCUCUUGUAACAGAAGCUCCUACAUUGUGGACCAGAACAAUUGGGAUUUGUCUAAAUGCUCUCAACCAGUGUCACUACCAGCUCUUCCCAUCCACACUUCCUGUAUGCUGACUUCCUACUGCUCAGGGGUCACCUGUUGUACAGAUGCGGCGAUGCUGGGGAUGACCUUUCAGACAGAGGUCAAGCUAGACAGAUGCCAAGGAAAACUGCUCUUGAAAAUUGAGAAACAGCAGUCGUCUAUUGGACUCCAUGAGUUUCACUUCUCUGUUUGGCAAACGUACACUCUUGGAAAUGUGUUGAGAUUGAGGUACAAAAUAGAUCAUGUGACCUUGGAGAACAAGUACAGAUUUAAUCUGAACAUCAGUGUUUGUUUGGAAACAUCAGCAGCAUGUUACCUCAACUUCCCUGUAAUGACUGAUGUUGAUAUUCCCAUUCUUGACUGUGAUUUCAAAAAUGUGUCCUACCCAAUAAAAGGUUUCAACUUCACAAAUUUCCUGAUCACUCGAGGACUUCCUCCAUCUACCUCAGCAUUGUCCUCAGAAGUUUCCCUGCAAUUUCUUGAGCAUUUGGGAAUAGAGACAUACUUCAAUGAGACUGCAUGUGAUAGAUCCUCAUUCACUGGUGCCCUGCCCUCAGGAUUUGUGAAAGAUUCUGGUUGUACUGAAAAUAUUAACCCUUUUCUGCUGAACCUAUCCAACACAAACUGUAGAAUUGGUGCCUCUUGCCAGGAUUUCCUCUGCUGUUCAGAGAUAUUAACAAUUGGAAGAACUUUGGGUUAUGAUUUUAGUGUUGAUCCUUGUUCUCACACUCUAAAUAUUGGCAUUGAAGAUUUUCACUAUCAAAGAUCACUGGUCAACUUUGAGUAUGGAGUCACUCAAACAUUCACUAUUGGCCAGAUCUUCAUUUUAGAAUACAAGGUGACAGACUUGACAGGACAGAGACAGUUUCUGAUUGACCUGAAGGUCAGUGCCUGCUUUGAUGAUGGUCAAGCCUGUCAACAGGUCAUACCUAUCCUCAAAAACUAUCUGGUUACAAAACCACAGUGUGCCUGGUACACAGGAUUUAUAGAACUGGGCUUCUCCUACACCAGCUGGCAGAGUUCUCAUGGACUAACAGGUACCACUGUCCUACAGCAUAGUGAUGUAGCGAGUCUUCUCAGCACUCUCGGAGUCUCAAAGUACAUGAAGUCUCCUUCAUGUAAUGGAAUGACUGGGGACUAUGAAAACUCUUAUCAGGGUUGGAGGUCAUUGUGUCCAAAUGAUGAGGGAACAAACAGACCACUGAUGAACAGCAGUUUGUCCACGUGCAUCCUUUCUAAGACUUGUACAGGAGUGAAGUGUUGUAUUAGUGUGCCCAGACUAAGUCUUUCUGUGGAAGCCUAUGUAGAGGUUAACCCCUGUAACCAAACACUGCAAGUGGGAAUAGAGAAUUUACGAUUCAAUCAGAGUCUGUAUGGUUACAAGUUUGGAGAACAUGAACAGUUUGAUCUUUAUGGAUUCGUAGUCAUUGAUUUCGUGAUAGUUGACUUGUCAUUUGGAGGGAAACAUGGUCAGUACCUGGUCAAUGUGAACAUGAGUAUCUGCUUUGAGGCUGCACAGCCAUGUGACACUGUAGUUUCUGUGUUCAAGGAUUCACUUUUAAACAAAGAAGACUGCAACAGGAAAAAGGACUUCUUAGAUUCAGGAUUUUCCCUUGCCACAUGGAAAUCUCAACAUGGCAUAACUGGCAGUGGACCACUGGAUGUACACAAUGUGAAGCUCUUACUACAGGACCUGGGGGUGGCAUCUUUUGUGAGGGAACCCUCAGACAGGUGUGACUGGACUUCUCCAACCUUCUCUGGUGCCAAUGCUGAUGGGUGGACUGAUGGCUGUAACACAACAACUGAAGGUUUGUCUCCCCUUGGUGACAAGGUGCGCUGUUCCAUCUCCUCAUCCUGUAUAGAUGUACACUGUUGUUUGAGAUCUGACGCACUACAGGAAAUGUUUGAUGCCUAUAUCUACCUGGACACCUGUAGCAGUAAGGUGACAGUAGGUAUAGAAAAGCUCCAAUGGAAUGAUACACUGGUCGACUAUCAGUUUGGAACCUCUAUGCAUGUGUCUCUUCUUGGCUUGAUCAAUCUUGACUACAUUAUCACAGACUUGGUGAGUGAAAAUGUGUAUGGAGUUAGAUUCAACUUGAGCAUAUGUCUGAACUCCAGUGGGCCCUGUGAGGUACAUGUAGAGGUAUUUGACGAACAUCGUCUCAACAAACCUACAUGCAACUGGACAAGAGGCUUUGCUAUUGAUGGUUUCUCUCUGGAGUCCUGGCUGUUGACUAAGGGUUACACAGAUUCAGCUGAUCUACCUAACUAUGUUGUAUCAGAGCUGCUGCAUGACCUGGACAUUGCACCAUUUCUAACUGACACUAGUUGCAACAGGAAAUCUAUUCCAUUUUACCCAAACACUGAUGGAUGGAACAAAGCCUGUGAUGAGUAUGUGGCCCUGAGUCCCAUUGCCUUGAACACCACCUGUCAUGUUUUUGACUUCUGUACGGGUGUAAGGUGCUGCUCAGACGUGGGAUUUAUCCGUAGAUCUCUGCACAGUUUCCUCAUCAUCGAUCACUGUAACUACAAACUGGCCGUAGGUAUAGAGAAGAUGAUAGUCAAUACCAGUCUACACUCUUAUGUCUAUGGCACUACCCAGACUGUCAUGUUAAAUGGAGUUGUCAGGCUACAGUACUCCAUAAAUGAUUUCCCCAAUGAGAACAAGUUCCAGGUGAAUGUCAGUCUGAAGAUCUGUUUUGAGAGCAGUAAACCCUGCCUGUUAGAAAUCCCUGUGUUCUCAAACACUAAGCUUCCAAAGAAGGUGUGUGACUGGACCACAGACUUCCUUCAUCCAACGUUCUCCUUCACUGCAUGGAAAGAGGAGAGAAAAAUCACAGGGACAGGUCUGUCUGACAAUUUCCUGGCAGAGCUAAUGGAUGACCUUGGACUGUCAUCAUUUAUUCUGGGGAAGGACAAGAAAUGUAGUGAUACCAAAGCACCAUUUACUCCUGCAGUGGAUGAUUGGAAUAAUGAGUGUACCCAAUCCCUCAAGUCAGCCCUGCCAUCUCUGUCUGGCCAGCCUAUCACCUGUCAUAUUGACUCCUCCUGUGGUGGUCUCCAGUGUUGUAUAGAUGUGGCUUCCCUCAGCACCACCUUUAUCACCAGACUGGAGGUGGACCCCUGUAAUUAUAAGAUGACUGUGGGCAUUGAGAAACUCACCUUUUCAAAAGACCUGUUUGACUAUGAGUGGGGACAGCAGGAAGAAAUAUGGAUGUUUGGGGUGGUCAGAAUGAAAUUCACUUUGUACGAUCUGUACAUAGAGGGGUACAUCCUGAUUGAUAUGAAGGUAGAGGUGUGCCUGGAAGCCAGCAAGGUAGAUAACUGUGACCUGUCUAUCAUUGUCCUGAAAAACUACUACCUCCCAAAACCAAACUGUAGUGGGGAUCCUGGCUUUGUCACUCCAGGCUUCAACAUCUCUAGCUGGUUGGCUGGUCAGGGAUUGUCCUAUACCCAGCCUCUAGACAGCCCUGUUGUGGACAACCUAAUGUCUGACCUCUCUCUGGCUCAGUUUCAGCUCGAGCCAUCCUGCUCCUGGACAAGUGACCAGUACAGUGAUGUGGCAUCCAAAUGGACCCAGUACUGUCCACCUAGUGUACGGACUUCCCUGUCUGCUGUGACUGACCGUGCCCUCUGUAUUGUGUCCCCCUCCUGUACCAACAUCACAUGUUGUGUCCUUGUCCCCCUCCUGAACAGGACCUUUGAGGUACAGCUGUCCUUAGACCAGUCCUACAGUGAGAUGAGGACACAUGUAGAAAAGAUUUCAAGGAGACAGUCUCUGAUUGGGUACAACUUUGGGACACAGGAAAUCCUGAGUGUUAAAGGAGUUUACAAAUUACUAUACAAGGUGAGUGAUCUAGUGGAUGGUAACAUGUUUGAUGUGUCCAUGACUGCCCAGGCCUGUUUUGUGGAUGGAGGAGACUGUGAAUUAAAUCUUCCCAUUUUGACCAAUGCUCUGAUACCAAAGAUGAAUAGAAUGUGGAAUACAACAUAUGCAUUUAGAGAUUUCUCCCUGUCUCAGUGGCUGACAGAGAAGUCAGUAAUAGCUGGCUCUGUUCUUCAGCCCUAUCAUGUCAGUGAGCUGUUUGAGAAACUUUCCAUAAUAGCCUACAAAAAGACACCAUCUUGUAGCAGAAAUGAAUCAGUAUAUUCUUCUCCUGAUGGCAAGGGUUGGAUUAAUGAUUGUACAACAGUGGAUGAUAUGCUGACCUUGACCUCCUACCCUUUGACCUGUAACCUGGACAGUACCUGUAAUAAAGUCUCUUGUUGUGUGGAUUCAGACUUCACUAACUCAACUUUUGAGAUUGUCUUUGACUUCAACAGAUGCACAAGAAUGUUGAAUCUACAGAUAGAAGACUUAACAGUGCAGAUUCCUUACUCUGAAAUUCAAUGGGAGAGACCAUCACAGUUUUAUCUCAACAGUGUUGUCAGACUUGAUUACACACUCUAUGACCUGUAUGCAGAAAACUUCUACUUGGUGGAUUUAAAGCUAUCCAUGUGCUGGGAAUCAUAUGAACCAUGUGAAUUUGAAGCCCAAUUAUUUAAGAACAAAAUGCUUCCAAAAAGACCUUGUCCUGGAAACAUGACAUUUGAACACCCAGGAUUCUCACUGAGCACUUAUGCCACCACCAAUGGCCUUGACCAGAACAACCUCCAGGGAAAUGACCUUGCUUACCUGUACAAUUACCUGGGAAUUUCUAGUCACCUGGAUACUCCCAGUUGUAACAGGAGUGACGACAAGUACACACCUGGAACCAAUGGCUGGAAGAGUGCAUGUCCUGUGGAUCUAUCAUCCUUUUUACCAUCUUUGGCCUCCAAUAUGAACUGUCACAUAACAUCUACCUGUACCAAGAUAGAAUGCUGCAUUGAAGUUGACAAAUUUGAUUCUCGGCCACUGAACUUUUAUUUUGACUUGGAUAAUUGUGAUUGGAUGAUUAGCUAUGGAAUGGACAGUUUCGUGAUGAAGCCAACAGUUUUACUUGAUUUUGAAUUUGAUGUUUGGCAUGAAUUUUGGAUGAAGGGUGUUUUGAGAAUGAAGUUUAUGGUAACAGAUUUACCAGGAGCAAACCAGUUUAGAGUUAGUUUGACAUUCAGUAUAUGCUUUGAAGAUGGAUCAGUUUGUGAACAGGAGCAAGUUAUUUUCACCAAUGCUUUAUUGCCCAGACAGACUUGUGACUUCAACAUCGGAACCCCAAUAACAAAUUUCACCUUCACUGACUGGAAGAGAGAGAAAGGCUACACAGCCAUGGAGGGGUUCAGCAUUGCUAAGCUAGAGGAAGAACUAGGACUGUAUGGUUAUCUACAGAAUGCCACAUCUAUCUGUAACAGAACAAUAGGAAUAUUUGCUAACUCCACAAAUGGAUGGAAAAAUGAUUGCCCAAUCCCUGUAUUUGGAUCUCUACCUUAUAUUGAUGGCCCCAUCACCUGUAACCUGGGCCCCACCUGUACUUCCCUCACCUGUUGUGUCCAGACAGAGCCCCUGUCCAGACAUCUGACCUUGUCAUUAGAACUGAGUCACUGUGAGGACAAGAUGACCAUCACAAUGGAUAAAUACACACAGCAGAUUAAGAUCAGCCAGUAUCAACACUGGGGCACCACACAGGUUCUGGAUGUCAGUAAUGUUGUAAAACUAAGUUUUAACCUGGAGAAUCUUGAGAGUGAGAACACAUUCCUGAUCAGUUCCUCCAUCACUGCCUGCUGGGAAGGACCAAGCAGUUGUCAGAGUUAUCCCCUCUUUACCAAUGUCAGACUGCCAAAAUACACAGGCCUGCAUGAGUGUGACUGGAAAGCUGAGUUCAUUCAGUCAGAUUUCUCAUUAACUAAUUGGUUAACUACCAAUAGCUACACUGACAGCACACCCCUGUCCACUGUCACACAACAGAACCUGAUGAAGUACCUCCAAACGGCUUAUUACAAGGACCCUGACUGUGAUGUAGCAGGUGCCCCCUACAUUCCAGCUAACCCAGACAGGUGGAACACAACUUGCUCUACCAGUACAGACCUUCCCACACUUCCUAGUACAAUGUCCUGUCAUCUUCCUGACAUCUGUACAGGAGUGGACUGCUGUGUGUCCAGUACCAAACUGGGCAGGACAUUCAAAACAUUCUUGGACAUUGACCCAUGUAUAUCCAAGAUCACUGUAGGCAUUGAUAGCUGGAGGUUUACAGAGACCCAGAGAAAUUUAUCAACAGGUUUGACCAAGAGCAUAUGGUUACAGGGCAUAGUAGGAAUGGACUUUGAUGUGGAGACCCUUUGGAGUGACCAGAUGUACAUAGCAAACUUGAAGGUCAGCAUUUGUUUAAAUAGUGGUGGACCUUGUGAAAUCAGCAACCAGACUGUGUUUAGUAACAGCCUUCUAGCCUUCAGACACUGCAACUGGGCCCAGGCUUUACCUAGUGGGUUUUCUUUAAGCUCUUGGAAAUCCAGUAACAAUUUCUCUGUCAGUGACCCCCUGCCAGAGUAUGCUGUAGCGAGAGUAAUGGACCUGUUAGACCUAUGGAGGUAUCGUAAAUCUACAACUUGUCAGAGGCCACAACCCCCAUAUUCUCCUACAUACAUUGGAUUUGUACAGGAGCCACCCUGUAAUGUACCAGGACUGCCCUACAAUCUUCAGAAGAAGACCUACUGUGUGGUACAAUCUACAUGUACUGCCAUCUCCUGCUGUACAGAUGACCCAGAUAUGGAUAAGACCUUCACCUGGUACAUUGACCUCGAUGUUUGUAACCAUGUCCUAAAGAUGGGCAUUGAGGAAUACACGGCUCAGUUCUCACUGCUUAAUUUCCCAUUCAGAAAAAUGCAAAGCUAUGUACUUUCUGGGGUAUACAAAAUAAGCUAUAUCAUCUAUGACCUGAGUGGAGUAGGGGAGUAUAUGAUGAGUGCUGAUGUCUCUGUAUGCUAUGAACCCAGUAGUUGUGUUUUUACAGACAUUAUAUUGAUUGAUGUGCGGUUUCCCAAACCCACCUGUAACUACAAGUCCACAGAUUUUCACAUCUCGGGAUUUUCCUUGACGACUUGGUUGUCUGAUAAUGGUCUCCCUGGAGGAACUCUGCCUAAUUAUGCUGCCAGGAAACUCCUGAAGGAUCUGGAUAUAGCCAUGUACAUGAAUGAGACCUCAUGUAGCUCUGGCACAGGUGUCUAUUCUGGUCUUGUUGAUGGUUGGAACAAAGAAUGUGGUACAUCAGUAACAACAGACCCUCUGCCAUCCGGCAUUGUGUGCCACAUUCCGUCCUCCUGUACCACGGUGCAGUGCUGUGUAGAUGCCACCACACCACUGGGACGGUCAUUUACCACUGUCCUAGAUCUGGACCCCUGUAGCCACCAGCUCACACUGGGAAUUGAGAACUUUGUGCACACUUUUUCUCUGCUGGAUUUCAAGUUUGAUGAGAUACAACAUUUUUACCUGAAGAAUGUUGUCAGAAUGAUGUAUUCCAUCUAUGACUUGGAGAGUGAUGGCAUGUAUAUAGUGGAUCUUAACAUCAGUCUGUGCUUUGAGUCUGCUUCUGCUUGUUCUCUGGAUGUAGAAGUCUUUAAACAGACAGUCCUGAAGAAAAGAUCUUGUCCCAAAUACAAAGGGUUCCUGGAUCCAAACUUUUCCCUGACUGUUUGGAAACAGGACAAUGGAGCAAAUGGCACUACAUUGACAACAGCACAGAUAGUGGUUCUACAGGAGGACCUGGGACUGUCCAGGUACUUCCUGGACACUCAUUGUUCUAGGCAGUCCUCACUGUACAACCCCCACAUAGACUACUGGAAAAAUGAUUGUGGCUCUUCAGCAACAGGAAUCAGUCAGUUCACCUCUGCUGAUAACAUCAACUGUCACCUGGCAUUGAAUUGUACGACCUUGACCUGCUGUAUGGAGGACACCAUCACAAGGACAGACAUAGAGGUCAGGGCAUCAAUGGAUCCCUGCACCUUCAGUCUGAAACUGAGAAUAGAGAAGAUGGCCACUGACAUUUCCCUGUUGAAUUACACUUGGGGGGAUCUUGAGAGGGUGGAUCUGUAUGGGGUGUAUGUUAUCAGUUUCACUCUGGAGAACCUGUACAACUCGAGACAAUACCUGUUGAGUCUGAACGUCAGUCAGUGUUACGAAUCAGACUGUGGAGUCAACCAUGUCAUCCUCACAAACUCACUGCUGUCCAAACCUGUCUGUGACUGGUCCAUGGACUAUCUCAUCAAAAACUUCUCUUUGACCAAGUGGAGGACAGACAGAUCCCUCCCUGGGACAGGACCUAUCCCCAGUAAUUACCUUCUGAGACUGAUGGAUGAGACAGGAAUAGCUGGGUAUCUAAAGGAACCAAGCUGUGACAGAACUGCUGGAUUGUAUGCUGGGGCUGUGGAUGGGUGGACUAGUUCCUGUGCAGUAAAUGUGACAUUGUUAACCCUGACCUCUGACCUGAGCUGUAACCUGCUGACCUCUUGUACUGGUGUUCAGUGUUGUGCAUCUUCCUCCACUCUACAAAGAACCUUUGAAGUUUUCAUGAACAUUGACUCAUGUACCAGCAGUCUCAGCAUACAAAUUGAACAACUUUUCUACAACCAUACACUGGACAACUUCCAGUGGGGAGUGGAGCAGCAUUUAUGGUUAUUUGGAAUAUACAGAGUAGACUACAUGUUGGAUGACUUGCUGGAGGAGAAUGCUUAUUUGAUUACUCUGGAGAUCAAGUCCUGUUUUGAGACAUCCCCUCCACAGUGUGAAUCCUCCGAAUCUUACACAGUAUUCAACAGGACAAUCCUCCCCAAAACUGACUGUGUCUGGAAGGCAGCAUUCAAACAUACUGGAUUUUCCCUGACAAGCUGGCUGUCAGAUAAUGGUCUUGCAGAUACUUCAGAGUUACAACAACAAGAGCACCUGAUUUCCCAGCUGUUACAUGAGAUGUCAGUAUCCCAGUACCUACAGACACCAGCAUGUAGUGGAUCUAAAGGAGUGUACAGCUCAGCUCUCAAUGGCUGGAGCUCUUUAUGCUCCAGAAGUGUGAACACUGGUAAUGUGACUGGUAGUGUAUGUCAUCUGACGUCGGAAUGUACAUUCUCUGAGUGCUGUACAGAGAUAGAUUUCCUACAGAGAGCCUUCAGAACCUUCCUCAACAUUGACCCCUGUAACUUUGUGAUAAUGGUGGGCAUUGAGACCUUCAGCAGGAACAUUUCACUCUCAGGCUAUCAGUGGGGUGUUCAAGAACAUUUCUGGCUUGCAGGGAUGAUCAGAGUAGACUUUACUGUGGAUGACAUGUAUGGAGAAAGAUUAUUCCUAGUCAACAUGAACCUGAGUUUUUGCUUUGAAUCAGGAGCAGCUUGUUACAAAAUGGUUAAAGUGUUUGAAGACACACUUCUUCCGAAGACAGCAUGUAGCUGGAAUUCCAGAGCAGGUUUCUCUCUGAGUGACUGGAGGUCCAGUAAUGGAGUGCCAGCAGGUGCCCCAAUGACUGGCUGGCCAGAGUCUCUGAUGUAUGAAGAGCUGGACAUUGCCCAGUAUCUGUACAGUACACAGUGUGUAAGGGGAACAGGGCUUUACACAAGCUCCAGAGUCUCAGGAGUAGACAUUGGCUUUAAUACAGAUGCAAGCACUUAUUCACAGUUGUGUCAGUUGUCAGUGGACUUCAGUGGUCACCACAUGACCACCACCACAGCAGACAAGGUGACCUGUUAUCUCCCCUCCCUGUGUACGGCUGUGGACUGUUGUGUAGAGGUCACAUCUGUAUCUCGCUCCUUUAACUUCUACAUCAACAUAGAUCCCUGUAACUACAUCCUGAGGGUGGGGAUAGACAACUUCUACUUUAAUCAGUCUCUGGACAGAUACACAUUUGGAGAAGAAAGGCUGUUCUCAAUGGCAGGAAUCUUGCAGCUUAGAUACACCAUAAAUAAUUUAGUAGAUGAGAGAAUGUACUUGCUAAACCUGAAACUGAGUGUAUGUACAGAGAGUGGAUGUGAAGCUAAUUACACCAUCUUCAAAGACAUGUUGCUACCAAAACAAGUGUGUUCAUGGAGUCCAGGAUUCGUUGAUGCUGGGUUUGUUGUGUCAGAUUGGAUGAGCAGUAAUGGUUACAGCAGCCCACUGACAGACUCGCAGACAGCAGAGCUGAUGAAGACAAUUGGAGUUGGUCCAUAUCUCCUGAAGGAUCAGUGCAGUCCUUCAUCAGGAAGAUUUAAAAAUUCCCAAAAUGGAUGGGUUAAAGGUUGCUUCUCUCCAGUGUCCUUGACAAAUCUGACUUCCACACCAGUGGUCUGUUAUCUGGAUUCUACUUGUACUGCUGUAGACUGUUGUAUCCAGAUCACUAGGAUCAGCAGAAACCUCAAUGUCAAAGUGACCUUGGAUCCUUGUUCCCAUAUGCUGAAAGUUGAACUGGAGAGAUUCCAAAUUAAACUAGAUUUGUUGACCUACACCAAAGGCACAGUUAAAGAAUAUUCUCUACUUGGAUUCUUGAAAAUGAGUCUUAAAGUAGAUGAUCUGAGAUCACAGAACAAUUUCCUGCUAAAUCUGGAUGUCAAGGUGUGCUUUGACAGUGGGUCUUGUGAUGUCAGUGUAUCUGUGCUGAAUAACACCAAAUUACCAAAGAGGUCAUGUGAUUGGUCUGCUGGUCUUCAAGGCAUGUCAGUUACAAAGUGGUUGAGUGAUCUAAAUGUGCACAACACCACAAACCCACUUCCUGACCAUCUACAGAGUCUGCUGCUGGAGGAUCAUGGGAUAGCUAACAUGAUGAAGGAGACUCAGUGUAGCAGAACAACGGAUGCAAAAUACACUACUACAAAUACCACAGUGGAUGGAUGGAAUUCUGAUUGUACCUCAUCCCUUUCACUCCCAACACUGUCAGGGGACAUAACUUGUUAUAUGCUGGAUUCCUGCACCAGUGUCAGCUGUUGUGUGGAGGUGGCCAGAUUUAACCAGAGGUCCCUAGAGGUAGCCAUGGAUUUCAACCAGUGUGGGAACUACCUGGAUGUGACAGUGGAGAAGAUCACCACCUCAUUUCUCCUCAAUGACUUUAAAUAUGGAAUACUGCAGAAAACUUCUCUGAAAGGAAUGUUUGAAAUGCAAUACAAUAUCACAGAGGAUGUGAUCAACAAGAAGUAUUAUGUUGACUUGGCGUUUGCUGUCUGUUAUGAAGCAGGCUCAUGUGAUGAGACAUUUACAAUAUUCAGCAGCUUUCAAUAUGACAUGGUGACAUGUAGUUACAAAUAUGACUUCCUAGUACCUGGUUUCUCUCUGAACACUUGGAUGACAUCUAGAUCUAUAGCCAGCGUGAAUGAUCUGACAGAGGCUCAGGCAGAUGACCUGUUUAUGGAGCUCGGUUUGGAUCAUUUUAUGACAGCAGCUGAAAAGUGUUCCUCAUCAGACAGAAUCUACAAUGGCACUGUCAAUGGCUGGACCAAAGCAUGUGCCAGCAAUGUACCAGUUCUGCCCACCAUAACUGAUAGCGUGUGUCACCUGAAGGCAGAUUGUACUUCUCUAGAAUGCUGCACGGAUAUCGGCUUCCUACAGAGAACCUUUAGAACCUCGGUCACCCUGGAUCCAUGUAACUUCUUACUCACUGUCAGCAUAGAGCGCAUGACAAGGGAGAUUACUCUGACUGGAUACAGCUGGGGAAAGCAAGAAAAUCAUUGGUUGAAUGGAGUAGCCAGACUGGACUACUCUGUUAAGGACAUGUAUGGCGAGAGAAAAUACCUUGUGAACAUGAACUUGAGUUUCUGUUUUGAGACGACUGGAGCCUGUUAUCUAAGUUUUAUCAUACUGAGUGAUACUCUUCUUCCCAAAGUCCUCUGCUCUUGGGAAAGCACACCAGCUUUCUCAUUGAAUGCAUGGAAGACUGGCAAAGGUUUGAUCCCAGCUAACCCCCUUCCCAGUUGGGCACAGACAAUGUUGUUUGAAGAACUUGGAAUGGCUCAGUACCUGAAACCCACAGCCUGUGCCAGGGGAUCAGGACUAUACAUAGACUCCAGGAGUGGGGCCGUUAAUAUUGGAUUCAAUACUGAUUCUACAACUUACUCUCAGUUGUGUCAGUUGUCAGUGGACUUCAGUGGUCACCACAUGACCACCACCACAGCAGACAAGGUGACCUGUUAUCUCCCUUCCCUGUGUACGGCUGUUGACUGCUGUGUAGAGGCCACGUCUCUAUCUCGCUCCUUUAACUUCUACAUCAACAUAGAUCCCUGUAACUACAUCUUGAGGGUGGGGAUAGACAACUUCUACUUCAAUCAGUCACUGGACAGAUACACAUUUGGUACAACAGACAAUUUCUUCAUGACAGGAAUACUACGAGUAAUGUACAGCAUAGAGGACCUAACAGAUGACAGAGCAUACCUGGUAUCUGUCAACAUCAGCAUCUGUACCGAGAACACCUGCGAGGCCAGUUAUGUCCUACUGAAGAACAUGGUGCUUCCCAAGCAACCUUGUAGCUGGGCAGAGGGAUUUUAUGUUCCAGGUUUUUCCUCUGCAAACUGGAUGAUGUCCAAAGGCUACCUAUCCCCCCUGUCAGACUCAGAGACGGCAGAAAUGAUGGCAUACAUGAAGGUGGGGAGAUACUUACUGGAUCCUGCGUGUGAUGCCUCCACAGGGAUAUACUCAGGAGCCACUAAUGGAUGGAAUGACACCUGCACAGCAGCAGAGAAUAUCCCCAGUUUGACCUCUGACCCUGUGGCCUGUCAUUUGACCAAUUCCUGCUUGGCUGUGGAUUGUUGUAUCAGGGUCACCAAGAUCAGCAGGAACCUUAACAUUAAACUGGUCCUCGAUCCAUGUGCCUACAUCAUGACAGUACACAUGGAGAGGUAUCAGAUAGAGAUUGACCUCCUGACAUUUAAUUACAGCACCGCUACCACAUACCAGUUAAUGGGCAUGAUCAGAAUGACUUUAACACUAGAUGACCUGGAAUCUCAGAAUAAGUAUUUGAUCAGUCUUGAUGUCAGCGUGUGCUUUGAGAGUGGAUCAACCUGUGAUGUCUCCAUAUCAGUGUUUCAGAACACCAAGCUUCCGAAGGGGACUUGUAAUUGGACGACUGGACUGGAAGGUUUUUCUCUGGCAACAUGGCUGACUGAACAAGGAGUGAGUGGUAACCCCAAUCCACUACCAGACCACUUGCAAAGUCUUGUGCUGGAGGAUCAUGGGAUAGCUAAUAUGCUGAAAGAUACCACAUGCCUUAGAAAUGGUUCAGAUUCAAGAUAUGAUAGCUUCCUUGCACUUAAUGGUUGGAUAAAAAGGUGUAGGUCAACAACAGUGUUAACUAACCUCCUUUCAACUAUAAACUGUUUCAACCCGGAGUCUUGCACUGCUCUUUCCUGUUGCCUCACACUUGAACGAUUUGGGGGACGUUUAAUGGAAGUAUCUAUGGAAUAUAGUCACUGUGGUAAUUAUCUGGACAUUACCAUUGACAGGAUACCGAUCAAACAGUAUCUGACUGGAUUUCAGUACAGCACAGAACACACUGUUUCCCUAAAAGGAAUGUUCAAGCUCAAGUACAAUGUAACAAAAGAUGAAGAGAAUAAGGAGAUUUUAUUAGACUUUGAGAUGCAGGCAUGCUAUGAACCUGGGACAUGUGAACAGACCUAUGUCAUAUUUCAACGGACUCCAUUUGAAAUGAAGACCUGUACAUAUAAUGAAGGAUUUCUAGAUUCAACCUUUUCUUUGUCUAACUGGAUGACUGCCCGGUCCAUUGCUGAUGUGGCAUCCAUCACAGAAGCCCAGGCAGACAGUCUGUAUAUAGAACUGGGACUGGACCACUUCAUGUACAAAACAGACCAGUGUACUCUCUCUGAUUCUGUCUAUGGUCCUGCUACAGGAGGAUGGAGAAGUGAUUGCCCCUCUAUUCCCACAUCCACACUGGGUAGUAUUAAUGACAAGACUAAGGUACGCUGUCACCUUAAGUCUAGCUGUGAUUAUGUUUCCUGUUGCGUGUACAUGGCUGAAGUCAAGAGACAUGCCAGAGUAGACAUACAGAUUGAUGUCUGUAACCAUACCAUGACAGGAGCCAUUGAUAAACUUCAAGUUUCCACAGAUCUGAUGAGCUACAGCUGGGAUACAGAUAAAGAAUUUAGCUUACAUGGUGUAAUCAAAUGGAAAGCCAAGCUUGUGGAUGUGCCUUCCCAGCAUGUGUAUGUGGCUGAUUUUACAAUCAGCACCUGCUUUGAGGCCAGCAGUUGUCAUGAAGAGACAGUCUUUGGUAAAACAGUUUUCCCCAAGGAAUCAUGUAACUGGACAGCUGGUAUCAAAGGUGGCUUCUCUGCUUCUGCUUGGAGGACAAGUAAAGGCUACUCAUCUCCUCUGAAUGCUGCUCACACUGCUGAGCUGAUGACAGAAAUGGACACCCUGCAAUACCUUACAACCACAGCUUGUAAUCCCUCCACAGGCAUCUAUGUCACACCAUCAAAUGGGUGGACCAAAGCAUGCACAUCAUCUGUAUCUUUGCCUGACAUCAGCUCUAAACCUGUAGUGUGUCAACUGGAUAGUACCUGUACAGGUGUGGACUGCUGUCUGUCCCCUUCACUCCUCAGUCACUCCCUCAAUGUCAAGGUCAGUAUAGACCCCUGCUCCUUCCUGAUGACUAUCUACCUGGAGAAGCUGAGAAUUAGUGUGGACCUUUAUAACUAUACACAGGGAAGUACUUUGAGGUUUUUCUUGAAAGGCAUGCUUGGAAUAGAAGGAAGUUUCUAUGAGCUACAAGCACAAAAUAAGUACAAACUGAAUUUGGAUGUAAGCGUUUGCUUUGAGAGUGCCUCUGCUUGUGCUGUUGUGGCAUCUGUCUUAAAAGACACAGUGCUACCCAAGAGAGACUGUGAAAGAUCAACUGCAAUGACUUUCUCUGUGAACAACUAUAUUGAUACAAGAGGGUACUCACCAACUCUGACACCCCUGCCUCAGCACCUACAGAUGCUGGUCACAGAGGAACAUGGGAUAGCCAAUAUGAUGAAGCAGCCAGCCUGUAGCAGGACAGAUGCUAUUUAUACCUCUACCACUCCUGUCAAUGGUUGGGUAUCAGAAUGUUCCCCAGCCCCAGUAUUGACAGAUAUGAGUGCUUUGGCCAUUAACUGCUACAACCCUGCCUCCUGUACUGCAACCACGUGUUGUAUGGAAAUUAACAGGUUCAACGGACGACCCCUGGAAGUGGAACUAGAUUUCAACGAGUGUUCUAACUACAUAGAUGUUACUCUAGAGAGAGUGCCAGUCAGAAUGUACAUAUCAGAUAUUGGUUUGAAUGGUACCACAUACACAGUAGGCUUGAAGGGGAUGUUUAAAGCCAGUACGGCCAUCUCUACUGAUAAAGAAAACAGACAGUACAGCUUUACUUUUUCUGUAUCUGCCUGUUACAACUCAGGAUCCUGUAGUCAGACUUACAAUAUCUUCUCCAACACAAGGUUCAGCAUGAAAACAUGCAACUACACUGGAGGAUUCCUGAAUCCAGCCUUCUCUCUAACCAACUGGAUGACUGCCCGAUCCAUUGCUGAUGUGGUGUCCAUCACAGAUGUUCAGGCAGACAGUCUGUAUAUGGAGUUGGGACUGGACCACUUUAUGUACAAAACAGACCAGUGUACUCUCUCUGAUUCUGUCUAUGGUCCUGCUACAAGUGGCUGGAAUAUAGAAUGUGCUACUCCACCUACAGCACUGGGAACCAUUUCCAAUCCUGCAGAAGUCCGCUGUCACAUUUCUUCCUCUUGUGAUGAGAUCUCCUGUUGUAUGUUCUUGGCACCAGUCAAACGCCAUGUAGAGAUCAAAACAAAAAUUAAUUUCUGUGGAUAUAAAGUAGAAGCUCAGAUAGAGAAAUUGAAAGAUUCAAUGGAUCUUCUUGAUUAUAUGUGGGGGACAUCAAAACAGUUCAGUUUGAAUGGGGUUGUCAAAUGGAAGAUGGAUCUAGUGGAUUUGAUAGCACAGAAGAAGUAUACGGCAAACCUCCAACUUCAAGCUUGCUUUGAAGGGGGCACCUGCAUUGUUAGUGAGAAUGUCCUGCAGAACUCUGAGAUUGUACAACCUAUAUGUGACUGGACUGUCGGACUUCAGGGAUUCAGUUUGUCAACUUGGUUAACAAAUCGUGGUCAGAGUUCUACCCUGAACCCAUUGUCUAGCUUCUUAAGGUCGGAACUCCUAGAGGAUCAUGGGAUAGAAAACAUGAUGAAGUCACCAUCCUGCAGUAGAACAACAGAUGCAAUUUACACAGCAGCUGGAUCAGAUGGAUGGAAUUCUGAUUGCACCAGUCCCCCCACAUUAAGGAACUUGACAGGAGAGGCCAUUACAUGCUACAAUCCUUCCAGCUGCUCUGCUGCCACCUGUUGUGUGGAUGUUGCUCGACUGACUGGUCAAUCUGUAGAAGUGUCCCUUGACUUCAGUCAGUGUGGAAACUACCUGGACGUCAGAGUAGAAAAGAUUACAGUCAAUCAGUAUCUACACAACUUUACAUUUGGUGUGGAACAGAAAAUGUCUCUGAAAGGCAUGUUUGAAGUGAGGUACAAGAUCACAGAGGACACAGCCAAUAAUAAAUACAAAGUAGACAUGUCUGUUCAUGUAUGUUAUGAGGAUGGUUCUGCAUGUGCUGAGAGCUUUACCAUAUAUAGUGACACAGAAUUCCCCAUGGAAACUUGCACUUACAAAGAUGGACUUCUAAACCCUGCCUUUACUUUGACCAACUGGAUGACUGCUCGGUCCAUUGCUGAUGUGGCAUCCAUCACAGAAGCCCAGGCAGACAGUCUGUAUAUAGAGCUGGGACUGGACCACUUUAUGUACAACACAGACCAGUGUACCCUGUCUGAUGCCACUUACGGCUCUGCAACAAACGGAUGGAAAAAUGAUUGUGCAACAAGCACAGCAUCGCUGACGGAUACUUCUCAUCAGAAUAAAGUGAGGUGUCAUAUUCCAGCGUCAUGUGAGCAUGUCACAUGCUGUGUUUAUAUUGAACCAGUCAAACGGCACACCAAAGUGGAGCUAAAGAUGAACACCUGUACUUACAAGAUGAAUUCAGUGGUUGGAAAUCAAGUUGCAAAGACAGAAGAUCAGCUAUUCAAUUAUGUUUGGGGGACAGAUGAAGAAAUUCAAAUACAUGGUGUAGUGAAGUGGGGCUACAAAGUCUCACACAACCCUGCAACAUCAGAAUUUUCAGUCCAGGGCAAAGUCAGUUUGUGUUAUGAUGCUAGUUCUUGUACAGAUGUUGCCAUGAACUAUGAGCUGGGCUACCAAAGCUGCACCCCACCCCCUCCAGCACAAUACUUGCCAGGAGUAUCAUUUGGACUUUGGAAGCAGACACAAUGUACACCGUUUACCUAUGAUAAUACAGGUUGUCCGAACUUCAACCUUCCAACUGAUGGUUCCUCAAAUUGUGGCAUUCUGGCAGAUUGUUCUGGAAUUCAGUGCUGCUUUAAUACAAACUUUGAUUUGGGUUCUAAAAAUAUCUUCUUCAAGAUUCGCAUCAACUGUGGAAGUAACAGCAUUGAAUAUGAAAUUGAGAGAAAUACAUAUAACAAAGCAUUGUCAUCUCUAACAGAUGGUGUUUCAGCAACAGAGGUUAUUGGGAAUACCGGUACACCCACAUUUAGUCUGAGUUACUCCAAGAAUAAAAUCAAUGAUACCCAUGAAAUCACUGCCUCUCUGACAAUACAUGGUACCCCUACAAUAACUUAUAAUGUUAUAGAUGAUAACACUGACAUAGAUACACCAACAUGUACCACAAGAAGGAGAAAACGACGAUCAGUCAAUUUAUCACAACUUGAUCCAUCAGACUUCAAGGCUGGAGUGAGAACAUUGCUGCAGAGUGGGGCAACUAAUGAAGACAUUGAGGAUUUCCGAGUUCUCUGCCAGAAUUAUGCUAAAUCAAAGAGAUCGACAAAUAUGGCCAGUACCUUUAUUUCAAAUGAUGAUGCUAAAGCCAGCAUAAAGACCCAAAUAAUCUCACUAGGAAUGAACAACCCUCUGACUUUGCCAGUUCUGAAUAAUAUAACAGAAAACUCAACUGUUCAAGGAGCUGAUUCCAUUGAGAAACUCAUUGGUACAGGACCAACUUCAGCAGCAGCAAAAGAUGGUGGUAUAUAUGUGGUGGGACAGGGUCUGAAUGCAGUGGGAACAAAACUGCUGAGUAAGAAGUUAGCUUGUAUGACCAUAGGAGACCUGGAGGCUAUAUUGAACAUUAAAAAUAUGAAUUCUUCUCAAGUUUCCCAACUGUUAUCUCAACUGAAAGAUUUGGCGAAAGCUUUGUAUUCUGACUUCAAUAGCAGGCUAAAUAUAAGUAGCAGUACAGAUAGUAUUUUCAAGAAGUUUGACUUAGAGCUGUCAGAAACCAAGGAUUUCCCCCGACAAACUGUCAAUGUCUUCUCAUACAACAAAAUGUUCUUUGUUGGAGGCCUCAUCAGAAUGAACUUUGGAUUCAGUGCAACAGGAAACCUUGGAUCCACUUUUACUGCUGGAGUGAAGGUCAUGGACAUGACAGGUAGUGCAAAAGUAGAUCCUUAUGGAUCAGUAGUGGUGUCAGGGGAACUCUCCGUCGGGAAUUUCCUGCAUGGGACUCUGAAAUUAGAGGGUAGCAUGAUAGACGUCAGAUUCCCUUCAACAGCUGAACUUAGCUUUAAUAAAUUUCCACUGGAAGUAGGAGUUCAAAUGUACCUGAAUCUAAAACCUGUAAAGCUGACACUUCAAGCGAAGGUUGUGAUGGAUGUUGAUCUUGGGUUCACACAGUUCCAGAAAGAAUUGUUUAGGUCCAGGUUGUGGGAUUACAAGUCUCCCACGAUACAGAGGCUGGUGAUAGACCUGAAGAAACAGGAACAAGAUCACACACCCCCAGAAAUCAGGAGCUUUGGGAAUUCUACCAGCGAGGAUAGAUGUGGUGUGAUCCAGGAGCCAGGGCGGGAUUACAAGGAGCCGAUGUUUAGAGUGUUUCUGGAUGCUGGGGAUGAUCUGAGUGACAUUAACAUGACUCUAGACAUUGGGACAGUUCCUGGAGGGAAAGAUGUCAUAUCAGGAAAGGAACUUGGAGGUUUCUCCACCAUGUUGAAUGAUGUGUUGAGUCCCUCUGGGGUGCCUCUCUACUUCUCUGUGUACGUCACAAAUCAGGCAGGAGAAACGGCAACAGCAAUCUGUUCCUUAGCAACAUAUGAUGUCACACUGCCAGGAGGAAGAAUGGGUUUGGCCUUCAGAUCCACCAGUAACCCCAAUGUACUCAAGGCCACAGUCACCGUGUACGAAGACUCCCCCAUCACUGAGAGUAGAGUAGCUGUGGGGUAUGGAACAGGAAAAGAUGGAAGUCAGAUUGUGGGCUGGACCAAUGUCAACCUACAGGAAAAUGUGGUCAAUUAUAAUGUUGGAAAUGACCCUACACAUGAAAAGGUUAUGAAGUUGUUUUCUGCUGGGAAGAUAGCACGCUUGGUUGGCUCAGGUAUUGUUAGUGCCUCUCACUCAAAGAUAGCCACAGUUGGGGAGUGUGCAACUAUCUGUAAUGGCAUGCAUGUGACAAAGUGCCUCAGUUUUAACUAUGAUUUUGGAAGCAGCGGACACUGUGAACUUCUGGAGGUAAUUGAAGGACAAGACUACAAAACAUCAGUGGAUGGCUUGUACAUGCACUACGAAAAGCUGGGAGUUGGAUCAAACAGAGGAUUUGAGUAUACCAACCUGAACCUAAUCCACAACCAACUGUACUUCUUCAAUUUUGAAGUGGUCAACUCCUUGGGUUUUACCAACAUUCUAAGCUCUGAACCUAUCCUGACUGAUUUCACCCCACCAACUCCAACAUCAUGGCAAAUCAGAGUAACCAGUGAUACAACAGAGACCCUAGCAUGUACUACAUUGAUACCCUCAGACCGAGAUAACUGGCAGAGACUUUAUUGUCAAGGAGUGAAUCCCAACACUAAAAACCACAGGGUCAUUGUGGAUGGACCGGGCUCAGAAACUGUCUACAAUGGACAUGAGUUCAAAACAGAUCUUCUCUAUACCAGAGCCAACCAAUACAUAUCCGCAAACUGGGAUGGGAUUCAUGACAAUGAAACAGGCUUGCUUGGAUACGCUGUAGCAGUUGGUUUGAGUCACUGUGAUGAUACUGUGUACAAAUUCCACGACCCCCACGGUCACCUCCUGGACUCCUCCCAGUGGACUUACAGUGUCAUCAUGACCCCCAUACCAGCACCUUACACAGUGCUGCCAGAUGGAAAAUACUACAUCACAGUGAGGGCCAUUAACAAAGUGGGGUAUGGAGGUCCCCUGGGAACAUCUGUCUGUCACUCCACAGCCUACACAAUAGACAAUUCACCUCCUGUUGUGUAUGAAAUCUUCAAUGUCCAGUACGAUGAACAGACAUUCAACCUCACACUGUCACACAACUCCUCUGAUCCCCACUCUGGAUUAAGUAGAAAUGACUUAUGUCUUGGACACACCCCCAGAGACUGUGAUGAACUGGCAUGGACACAGAUUGACUACUCUCCAAACAUAUCAUAUAUACACCAGAUGACUGACGGAAAGGAAAUCUUUGUCAAAAUUAAAGCUGUUAAUAAUGUGGAUUUGAGAAGUAUAGGAGUAGCCCAAGCCUCCAUCAUUGUUGACAGAUCAGCCCCUGUACCAGGCAGAGUGUAUGAUGGAGAAACACCACAGCAGGAUUUAAUGUUUACCAAAGAGAAGGACAAGAUUUGUGGCAACUGGGAGGGAUUUAGUGAUGCAGAGUCAGGUAUUGCCCUGUAUGUAGUGAGUGUCUGGACAGCAGACAGUGGUACCACAACAAAAGUUGUCAACGACACCCAGUUCUCCAAGAACACUAGUUCUGCCUGCUUCAGCCUCAGAGCUGGAAACCAGCUACAGCAUGGAAGGAUAUACCAAGUUACUGUGCAGGCUUUCAACAGUGCAAACAAACAGCUCAAUGUGUCUGCCUCAUCAGAUGGGGUUCUUGUGGACACCACUAACCCUGUGACAGGUGAGGUGGUAGACGGUAAGGAUGCCACAUUUACUGAUGUACAGUAUACCACCAGCAGAGCCAAGGUGGAGGUCCAGUGGAGGGGAUAUUCUGACCCAGAGUCCUCUAUUAAGAAUUACCAAGUACAAGUGUACAGGGCCAGGAAUCUGGGAACAAGCUAUGAAUUGCUGAGAAAUUGGUCCACCUUCAGUAACACUUCCUCAAGUGUAACCUGGCUGAACUUUGAACUGGAGCACAAGGACAGAGUAAAGACAGAGCUGAAGGUCACCAAUGGAGCAUUGAAUUCUGUGUCACAGGAAACAGAUGGAUUUGUGGUGGAUCUUAGUCCCCCAGAACUAGAAUACUUGUGGGAUGGUCUGGGAAACUCAGACAUUAUGUACCAGGAUGUGACAGAUCGUCUUCAUGUGAAAUUUAAAUUCGAAGACAAAGAAUCAGGUAUCAAGCAGUUCCAGAUACAGAUUUAUGAGUUAUACCAUGGAACAAGGAUGAAGGUCUACCCAGUAACCUUUACCUGGAACACAAUCGUCAAUGGUUCCUUGACCAGCUACAGCUGGACUGGUCUGACUCUGAAGCAGGGAGCCCUGUACAGUGUACGGGUGGCAGCUGUCAACAAUGCAGGGUACAUGUCUUCCUUUGAGACCAAUGGAGUACUCAUAGACACUACCCCACCCAUUAUCCACUGGCUGAGGGUAGGUGUGAUGGCAGAAAUAGCAGAGGAAUGGGUCAAUGGCUAUGUGUACCAGUCUGACAGACAGGGGAUCAUGACUGCCUGGGAUGUUGUGGACCAUCAGUCUGGACUUGUUAAUCAUCAGCUAGCAGUUGGCACCACACCAGGGGGGAGUGAUAUCCUUAGCUGGACAUCAGUGGGCCUUGUACAGAGUCGCUACAUAGACGGUCUUAGCCUCUCUUUGACUGACCAGACCCUAAAUCAGCCAGUGUAUUAUGUGUCCUUAAGGUCAGAAAAUGGUGUGGGAAGGAUUUCAACCACCACAGCCACCCCAGUCUACAUUACACAGGGAGAUAAAGCAGGUGUGGUGUUUGAUGGAGCUGAGGGCAGUGAGGACAUUGUAUCGGGAACCUUGCAUCCUGAUGGAGUGUUUGAGAUAGACCAGCAGUUGGAUGCCAGCACGGUCACCGUACAGUUCACUGGGUUUGAGAGCAGCCUACAUGGCAUCAUGAAGUUUGAGAUGGCUAUUGGAACAGAACCUGAAAAACAAGAUGUGCUGUCUUUUACUGAAGAUAACAUUGUCCAUAUGGAAGAAACCAAUGUAGCUGGAAAUGGUCUGGCAAGCUCAGGGUACGCCCAAGUCAACCUAGAACUGAAACCUAACCAGACCUACUACACCACCAUCAGGGCAGUGACAAACAAUGGAAAUAUCCUACAAACAAGUUCUGAUGGAUUUACUGUAGACCAGUCACCUCCUGUCAUCCAAGUAGACAGACUAGCAGAUGAGUGGCUGUCAGAAGAAGCAGACAAUGAUACAGUGUAUGAGAUGUCGGAGAAGCAUGUGUCAGCAGAGUGGCACUAUAACGACACCGAGUCAGACGUGGUGAAGGCUUGGUGUGCUGUCGGAACGUAUCCCUACGCUGAUGAUAUUUCUCCUAAGAAAGAACUAAACAUCUCUUCUGUAAUGAGUAAUGGAGUGAAUGUGGCUUCAAUCUCAGCCAUGAAGACGGGUAAACCAAAUAUCAUAAGUAUCUGGGCAGAAAACUGUGUGGGUUUGAUCAGCAAGAGAACCACCAGUGCCAUUGUGAUUGAUGAGAGCAUUCCCCAAACAGGAUCUGUAGUGUGUCCAGAAUUUAUCCAGCCUGACCAGUCCAUAGAAUGUAGCUGGUCAGGAUUUUCUGAUACUGAGUCUCCUAUAAAAGAAUUUCACAUAGCCAUGGGAUCAGCACAGGGAGAUGAUAGUCUGUUGUCUGGCAUUACUCUAUCAGCUGAUACAUCCAAGUACACCAUUACUGGUGUGACUUCCCAGCUGACCCACAGCUCCAUCUACUACAUCACAGUGACUGCUGUGAACACUGUUGGUCUAGAGAUCAGUGCUUUCUCUCUUCCCAUCACCAUGGACACCACUCCUCCAGUCACGGGCAAAGUAGUGGACCUUCACACAGUUUACAGACUGGACUUCACAGAUAAUGAUGCUACUGUCACCCAAAAUAGUGUACAAUGUUCCACUGAAGCAGAAUGUGAUGCUUUGGAUGCCACUUGCACAGAAUCUUUAACAUCUCUGUCAGUGACCUGGAUGCCAUUCUCAGAUCCAGAAUCAGGAAUUGCAGAGUAUCAGAUAGCAGUGGGGACCUCACCUGGAGGGGGACAGAUCCAGUCAUUUAUCCCCAUUCCACUGAACAGUAAACACUACACAGUGGGAAAUCUGAAUCUUAAUGGACAGAGACAGCUGUUUGUGUCUGUGAAGGCUGUAAACACAGCAGGACUUUCCAGUGUCUCCUCCUCCAAUGGAGUUUACAUGUCUUACCUCAGUCAAGGAAGAACACCGCUGUCUCCAGUGGAAAUCAUGGAUUUGGUAGAGGGAGGCAACUCAGAUGUAGACAUCCAGACAGAUCCAGCUACCAUAAUGGCCGGAUGGGACACUUCAGGAGAUCCAUGUCCAGCCACUAAGUAUGAAUGGGCCAUAGAGAGACUGGACGGAAAAGUGAUCUCUGCAUUCUUGGACAUGGGAUUGAAGACCUCAGGACUGAUUGAUGGAUUGGUUUUGGUGAACAGUGAGACCUAUGUUAAUCUGCUUCGGGUGACUAACUCUAUUGGAUUUCAGUACAUACGGAGAUCCUCUGGAGUCACAAUUCAAGGGACACCACUCCUGCCUGGCAAUGUGUAUGAUGGUAGCAUUGCAGGCUUUGAUCUUAACAUUCUGCCUUCUCCUAGGACUGUAUCAGCCAACUGGAAUGGAUUUGGUCUCCCAGCAGAUGCUAUUGUGCAGAUUGAUGUUAACAGUGGAAAUCCUGGUGUUCAAGCUGACCAAUCCCAACUGGAGUCCCAAGACAGAAGCCAACAGAUAGCUCACUAUGAAGUAGCCUUAGGAACUGACAGAAGAUUUAACAACACCCGCUAUGAUGUGGUACCUUAUACCAAUGUAGGGACGAACACUACCGUAGAAUUCUACGACUUGAAUCUCACUCCUGGCACAGCUACCUACUACUUUACUGUGAUCGCUUACAGUAAAUCUUUCUCCAAGACUAUGGUGACUUCUAAUGGAUUCACUGUGGGGGACGGAGGAGGAAUCACAGUUGGAAUCAUUUCAAGUCCUGGGAGUUGUGUGCACACAAAUGCCACCCUAGAUGUUCAAUAUAAUGGAUUCUCCUCAGCCCUAGGAAUCUUUAUGUACUAUGUUGCCAUUUCUAACACAACAGAUGCUAACAGCACAGAAUGUAAAGAAUAUAUUGAUGGAGGUUCGUUGUCGGAGAGUGAGAGAAAAGCCUUGUUUUCAGCCAGAGAUGUGACCAAUCUGGGACAAAACACAUAUGCCAAACUUACAGGACUUGACCUAGUUCAUGGACAGAACUACUACAUCUGGGUCAUUGCUGCGGAUAAUUCUGGACAGUGUGCCAGUACCUACUCAGCAUUCAUUGUUGAUGUCACAGAACCAGAAAUGGGAAAGAUGAAAACAGGUCCAUUUUAUGACAUGCCUGUUACCUUCUCCACUGUGGACACCAGUAUCACUGUGAACUGGAUGAACUUCAGUGACCUGGAGUCUGGAAUAUCAACAUAUGAGUUGUCACUGUGGAAGAAUUCGUCCUGUAAUGGGGACACCGCUACAGCCACCAGUGUCACAGACUGGAUAACAUUAUCCAACACCUACACCUCGUAUGAUAUUGUGGAUAUAAAACUCCAGGAGAAUACUCCCUACUAUGUUAAGAUGAGAGUGAAGAACUGUGCUGGUCUCUCAGUGGAGCUACAGUCUCCCCCAGUCCUUAUUGACAAGACUGUCCCCAACAGUGGUGUGGUCAAAGAUGGAGGAGAUUUUCAGAGUGAUAUUUUAUGGGUGAAUGACAACACAAAAGUCACAGGGUCUUUCUUGCAUCUUGCCAAACCCACUGGACUGUCAUGCCCAAAUCAGAAUAUUUCUAUCAGAAAUGAUCCAAACUGGAAGAAGCUGACCAAGCUGGGGAUGCUGGAUCCAGAUGGAGAGACCUGGAAGAUCCAGUACUCCCCAAUCUACAUCAUGGACUUCCCUGUGGAGGAUAAAGUAAAGCUGAAGCUAGGACUGACACGGGAUACAGUAAACAAGGACAUCCUAGGAGCUGGGGCCAUGUACAGAUCAGCAGAAAUGUUUAACGGAGGCACUUAUAAACUUGAGCUUCGAGCAGCAGAUCAUGAUGGAGAUGUGGUAACUGAGGUCUUGUUCUGGGACAGCACAGAUGAAGGUCUAGCUUCCAUGAAACAUCAAGAAGAACAACUGAUGACUGAAGCUUGUUCCUGUUGCUUUGCAAAUCCCAUCCCACCAACCUGUGACAAUGGGCAAUGUAAUUGUCAGCAGUAUUUGAGAGAGAAAGGCUACUUUGGUAACGAGACAUUCCCAGCUCAGAUUACAACAACUGCUCCUAUCACUCAGCCCACAACUGCUUCUCCAUUCAAUGUUGUCAAUGAUAAAGGAACUAGUGUCCUGGGUCAAAACAAACCAAGCACAAUGCAAAAUUCUUGUGGAGUUCAACUUUAUGCAGCCAAUCCUUCACAAAAUGCUAGUGGCUAUAUUGUGUCCUGGUGUAGAUAUUUUAAUGACACAAGAGAGAAAUUUAGACUAAAAACUGAAGUUAACUUUGAUCCUAGUGAAGUGUACAAAACCUACAUCAUUAAAUUUGAAGUAAGGAGUGAGGAAGCCACUGCGCUGCAAUGGUGCAUGUCUGUCUAUGUGGAAGAUGACUUUAUCAAUCAGCUGUGUGACAUUCCCCACCUCUCCACAGAUACAUUGCUUUUUGUUCACAUCUUCAAAAAAGAUAACAUUCUACCAACGGUUCCUGAUGCCUUCACUCCAUGGGCUGCUUAUGCAGAAUUUUCUGAUCUGGAAAUGCCUCCACCUGUUGGCACACUGUGUAGAUCUGGACAACAGUUCAGAGGCUAUUCCAAUCCCAUUAUCAAGUAUGAGGCAGGAAUUGGGUCCUCAAGAUUAUCCAGUGAUGUGGAGGAAUUCAGAGAGAUUGAUUUUCCAUGCAUCCCCUGUAUCAAUGACUGCUCCCAAUACAGUUGUAAUGCCUCCUGCAGUGCUGAUGAUACCAUUCUGAAGGUUUUCUCCUUGGACAAUCUUAAUUUAACAGCCAAGAGAAAUAAUUCUGGUUUAAAUGAACUGGCAACAUACUAUCUCACAGUGAGAGCCACUAGUGGGUCAGGGGCCUCUACCAUGUCAUCAUCAGAUGGUUUCUAUGUGGACACCACUCCUCCAGAGUUUGAUCAACAGCUGAUGAGUCUGGAUAUUUAUUAUGAUGUAGAUCAAGGGGAGAGUACUCCUGUACGAUACCAGCAAUCCAACAGUACCAUCAAAGCCAUCUGGAAAUGUAAUGAUGAGGAAAGUGAUAUAGUAGAAUAUGAGUGGGCCAUAGGAACUUCUCCAGGUGACACAGACAUCCAGGGAUAUACCUCCACUGGGCAGAAUGUAGCUGGAAUCAACAGCAGUUUAGAGGGUGUGCUUCAACACAACCACACCUACUAUGUGUCUAUCAUCUGUCACAAUGGGGCAGGGCAAUCAGCUACUCACAAUGAUACAAAAGGUGUGACUGUGUUGUUGAUCCCUCCAAUAGAUGACAUAAAUGCCACCUUGUUAUUUGUCACGGACUUCUCACAAGCUGUGUAUCCUCAGAAAUCUUACAAACAAGAUGAUGGAGAAAAGGCUGGUGUAUCAUUCACCAAAUCCAAUGACCCAGCAGUUGACAGAUAUGAUGUUUGUCUUGGAUCCACACCCACAACAGAUGACAUCUUACCUUGUACAUGGGUGGCUCUCAAUGAUUCUGGAUCUGCAGAAAUUAGAAAUGGUAACCUGUGGAUAAACGGACAACAGAUUCGACAGCUGUCUGAGCUCAGAAGAGGACAAGUCAGCUCCUCCAGUGGUAACUCCACUGGGAACUUAUUCCGCAUGCCAGUGGGAAAGAUAAUGUUCCUCAAUAUGAGACUCUGCAGUGCAGCCAUGUUGUGUAAAAAUGUGACAGGUGGAUGCAUUGUAAUUACCAAUGCUAGAUCUAUUAUUGAAGAUUCUCCAACUGGUGGAGCUAUCUCUCAGGAUAUUACUGUCACUUCCAGGAGAAGGAAGAGAUCCAUUGGAGACCUCAAUAUCAAGACACCCAGUGGCUUGAAACCAGGCACCACCAUAGUACUGACACCCCUGGGAGAGUCUGAAAUCACAGCAACCUACGGGUCAGAUGCCUCCACAAACUUUGUAUCCUACAUUGAGAAUCCAGCUACAACUCAGGAUAAGUUACAGAGGCUUUUGGUCAACAGAGUGAACUUUGAGAACUACACAGCCUUCUCAAUGGUGGUGGUAGGAAAUCUUCCCAUGCCUAGUCCUAUAAUAAUUACAUACCAUGAUGAGGUGGGGAAAACAACCUCAGGAAAUAGAACAAUGCUGAUACACUGGAACCCUGUGAUGCAGUACUGGGAGUUGAGCAGUAGGACCUGCAGGCACCUCACUGCUGAUCAACAAGAAGUUUAUGAUGCAGCCACACAGACUAUGUCAGUGAAGGUGUGUGAUACCUACUACAAUGCCACUGCCAAUGACACAGCACCAAGCCCUACCAACAUUAAUGGGACAUUUGAACGGGAAACUAUGUUCAUCAUACCAGUGGGAGAUGCUGCCAUAUACAACUCCCCACCAAGACUGAAUAGCACGGAUCAAAUCUCCAUAGAGGAAGACUCUGGAACACUUCAAUACCAGCUGGUGGCUACUGAUGACGAGGGAGAUCUUAUCAAAUUCCAACUUCAUGAAGAGGAGUUUGAACUUGGAGAUGUAAACCUUACAACAGAGGGCUUUUUGUCAUUCAAACCAUGCCACGAUUGUUCUGGCUUACAAAUGGUCAAUUUUACCAUGUACGAAGUGCAGCAGUUCUCAGAGAUUAUCCCCAAGAACACCUCAACAACUGUGUACAUCACUAUACAGGAAGUCAAUGACCCUCCCAAAAUGUUUGUGUCUAGAAAUGGACAGCUGAUACAAAAUGCAGAUCCCACUGAACCAAUUGUGAUUUUACUGGAGGCUAAGAAUGACUUCAAUAAGGACAGAUGGAGCCCCACUUGGAGUGCUGUUAUAGGAGCAUAUGACCAGGAGAUUUCAGACAUUGUCGACAUCAAAUUACUCCAGCCUUCCAAUGGAACACUCACACUGUCAGCCCUCAACAGAGAUGUGCCCCAACUACUGCAAAGCUGUGACCAUGCUGAGAAAAUUGAGGUUAAUAUGAUGCCUUGCCAGAAUUUCUAUGAAACACUCCCUCGGAAUGAGUCACUUUUGUCCUGGCUGACCUUCAAUGUGACCUUCAGACAGCCAAUGAAUGUGUUUGGAAAUUUUACUGCCAGGAUGUAUUUUGAGGACUCAUCCAAUGGAACCUCCCUACCUAUUUCAUUACAAUUUGCCAUUAUGGAGUCACCUUGUCACAACAGGGCACAGUGCAAACCAACUGGUAUCUAUUCAUGUGAGGACACCCACCGUAGCCACAGUUUUGAUGCAUAUUACAGCUGUGUGUGUGCGGGAGGAUGGCAGGGCAAGUAUUGUGCUGAAGACAUUAACGAGUGUCUAAGUAAUCCAUGUAUCUCUCCCUAUGUCUGCUUCAACAAUGAGAAUUACUAUGAGUGUGCCUGCCCUCUGGACAAUCCCCACUGUGAGUUUGAGCUCUGGCUCAUCGCCAUUAUUGUCCUGGCUGUGAUUCUGCUCAUUAUUUUCAUAAUUACUGCCGUUUACAGGCUGAAGUUUAAGCGCAGUCCUCUUGACUAUGAAACAGAUAGCCAUUUUGGAUCCACAUCUUCCAUGACUGGGUCAGCUUCUAGUGUCAGCGAUGAUGAAGAGAGUUUACUUGAUGAGAAGCCCUGGUCAUUUGAUGAUGGUGCUUCUGCUGAUAUUGAGUACUUUAAGAAUCCCAAUUUCAACAGGGAUUUCACAGGAGAAUUUGAUAACAUUCCUUCCAAAAAGGAAGCAAUCGAUGAGAUGUAUAGGGGCUAUCACAACCCAGUUCUGGAUGUAGAGCCAAAUUAUGAUCCCGAUGAAGACCGGGUUUACCAUGAGAGACACACUAAAUCUACCUUUGAACCACUUGUACCUACCAAAUAUGAAGGAGACAAACUACCCAAGAACAUCCCUCCUGUGUUGACCACUGGUAAGCGUGGUCGAGUCUUGCCUGCUUUAAACCUAGAUAAAUCAUCACCAUACUAUCCACCUCCCCCAUACCAGCUGAUGGAGAAUAGUGGAAAGAAGAAAAAGAAGAGGAGAAAGAGAAAGAUUGGUAACAAGGAUGAUCACCAUCUGGAGGAUGAGUACAAGGCAGGCAGACAUACCCCACCCACCCAGAUCCAGAGAGACACAGCCAAAAUGUUUGAAGCAGGAAAUCAACAGAAUGGAGAUGUGGUACCUAGAAAAAACACUGCUGGCCCUGAAGCAGGAUAUGCCAAAAUCCAUCCAAGCUCAGUUGAUGGGAAAGCGUCUUCAGACAUGGCAUACGAUUUGUCCUUAUUCAGUAAGGCCCAACCACCAACCCAUCACACAAGAACAACAAAGAAUGGGGACUCCAAAUUUCAGAAGGUUCACCCAAUGCUAGAUAGUGACAGAAGUAAUGGAUUUGAGGCCAAUAUGACAAGCACACCCAAUUCUGAUGCCCUUCACCUUCAACAGUCCAACCACAAUCGACAAAACAACUUCAACGAUAGUGUGAACAUUGAGAGUGAACUGUGAUAUUUCUUUUUAUUUAUGUUUGUGCCAAAAAAAUUAACACUGUGAUUGUUAUUUGAAUUUUUAACAUUAUUAUGUUUAUUUUGAUGAAUAUUAUUAUUCUCUUAUGCUUUUUCAUUAAUAAGUGAAGGACACUAGAAUUUGUUUUGACUGAACAGUGAUAUUUUUUUAUCAUGAUGAAGUCAUUAACACAUUUCCUAGAACAAAGCCAAAUAUAUAAAUCUUAUAAGUAAAUAUUUGCAAUCUUUUAUUAAAUUUAUA